ACGUGACACGCGUUCGGUCUUGUGAUAGAAUUCAUUACCUGCCUCUUACAGUCAAUGGAUAGGAUUGAUCGCAGAAUAUAUAACAGAGCUGACCACAGGAACACAACCACUUUAACCAACAAACAUGAAGGUAGCGUGCGCUGUUCUUCUGCUGGCCCUUACUUCCUCCUCCCUCGGAGCGCCUCGGGGCAACCUGCAGCAGAGAUGGGAGGAGUGGCAAAUGAAGCACGGGAGGAGGUACAUCAGUCAGGGGGAGGAGGAGGGGCGGAGGAGGGCGUGGCAGGUCAACCAGGAUCUGGUGAAGGCUCACAACAACAGGGUGGAUGUUGGCUUCUCUCUGGAGAUGAACCAGUUCGCUGACGGGAUGCUUUCGGGACGUCAGCACCUCAAACAUUCCCCCGUAGUGGACAUUUCCCAUGACAACGACCUACCAUCAGCUCCCCCCGCGUCGUUUGACUGGAGAACCAAGGGAGUUAUCUCCCCUGUCAGCAACCAAGGGGAAUUGGGCGACCCUGUCGCCAUUGUUGCGGAAGAAUGUGUCGCGAGCUUCCAGGCCAUUAAGAAAGGUGAGGUGCCCAAGUUGAGCUCGCCAGAGAUUCAGGACUGUUGUCCGAUGCCUGUAGGCGAGGUCUUUGACUGCAUACAUAACUUCGGGGGCCUCUGCAGUGAGUCUACCUACCCUGUACUUACAGGGCAUUGCAGAAACAACUCAUGUCAACCGGAAGUACAGAUCCAGGGAGGGAAAGCCGUGCCAGCAGGCCAAGUGGACCAAAUGGUGGACGCCCUGCUCGAGCGCCCCCUGGCGGCAUUUAUCGAUGCCAGCAAAGCCUCAUUCGAGAUGUACACAUCUGGCAUCUACAGCGACGCCGACUGCAGCAAGACUGUGGUAGACCACGGCGUGCAAGUGGUGGGAUACGGGGAGGAAGGUGGACAGGAGUUUUGGAUUUGCAAGAACAGCUGGGGAGCGUCGUGGGGAGAGGAUGGCUACAUUCGUAUCAAGAAGGGAUCAGACACUUGCGGCAUUGAAUCCCAUGCUAGUUACCCCUACUAACGUGUGUUGUUUUAAUCCUAGUAUUACGUGGACUGAAAUAUUUACAUUGAUUUACCGCUAACCUUCAAGGGGUUAAGGAUCAACAAAUCACUGUGUCUAUUUCUUCUCCAAAUAUAUCCAAUUCUUGAUGUCCCUGUCGUUAUAUACCAUUCAUUCAUUACGAAAAUGUAUAUAUUUGUAUAUAAAAGUUAACCCUGA